AAUCAUAGUAUAGUUACCUCCUAUCAUUACUAUUCCAGCUAAUGUAAUCUCCUAUCUGAAACUUUUUCUGACAUUGCCUUCCUCUCUUGCUUGAAACCGUUUGAUGUUGAUCUAAUGUCUCUUACAAUUUCGAUAGUGCCUCCCCCCCUCUCUCACCGAUAAAGAAAAGCACCCCUGUUGAUUUAACACGAACAGAUCUUACUGCUGAUCCAAUUCAACCUCUCCUUCCUUGUGUUUCUAAUUUGAGAAAUCAACAUCUCCUUCGUCGUGUUCUUCUUUGAAUAAAUAAGGAGAGGUGGAUUGGAAAUACCCGGAAGAGAGUUGAAGCAGCAGCUAUAAAUUUGAUUGGAAAGUUGUUGUUUUGGUGGUGUAGGAAUGGAAUUGGAUAGCAUUGAAUGUGUGCCAUCCUUAGAUUUAACAGAUGAGGAUGGGAUCCACCACCACCACCAUCUCCAUCAUUUCCCUUCUGUUUCAAAGUCACACACCACCACCACCACCACGACCACCAAUACUAAUACAAAUAACAAUACUAAUACUGUGGCUUCUUCUUUUCACUCUACUAGUGUUCAUGAGCUCCUUGAAUGCCCCGUUUGUACCAAUUCUAUGUACCCUCCUAUUCAUCAGUGCCACAAUGGCCAUACACUCUGUUCAACCUGUAAAGCACGAGUACACAAUCGGUGUCCCACUUGUAGACAGGAGCUUGGUGACAUUAGAUGUCUAGCUUUGGAAAAAGUAGCUGAAUCACUCGAGCUACCUUGCAAAUACAUGUCACUUGGAUGCCCAGAGAUUUUUCCAUACUACAGUAAACUAAAACAUGAGAACUUGUGCAAUUUUAGGCCAUAUAACUGUCCAUAUGCUGGAUCAGAGUGUGUUAUUGUUGGGGAUAUCCCAUUCCUUGUUACUCAUCUGAGGGAUGAUCACAAAGUGGACAUGCAUUCUGGGUGUACUUUCAACCAUCGCUAUGUCAAGUCUAAUCCUCGUGAAGUAGAAAAUGCAACAUGGAUGUUAACAGUUUUCCACUGUUUUGGCCAGUAUUUCUGCCUCCAUUUUGAAGCUUUCCAACUUGGGAUGGCUCCUGUUUAUAUGGCAUUCCUCAGAUUCAUGGGUGAUGAGACAGAAGCUCGGAAUUACAGCUACAGCCUGGAGGUUGGGGGAAAUGGUCGGAAACUAAUUUGGGAAGGCACACCACGGAGUAUAAGAGAUAGUCACAGGAAGGUUAGGGACAGCCAUGAUGGACUUAUUAUACAACGUAACAUGGCACUUUUCUUCUCUGGAGGAGAUAGGAAGGAGUUAAAGCUGCGAGUUACAGGACGGAUAUGGAAAGAACAGCAGAACCCCGAAGGUGGGGCAUGCAUUCCCAACCUUUGUAGUUAGGCUAAUUAUCACGUUCUUGCUCUCUACUGUGCGAUCUAUUUCUUGUAAUACUGUUACUAAAAUGCUGAUCAUUUUAAGAAUCCUCAUGUACAAUACCGGAGGCCGCUUUAUAAAUUGUUAAUAAACUUACUGAUAAAACUACCCUGGCCUUGCCUUUCAAUGGUUUUA